AUGGCGCUGAACGCACUUGACGAUUUUGCCGACGAACAGAAGACCCACCUGGGACGUCAAUGCUACUGUGACUGGAUGCGAAGCAUUGAUUUUCAAAGGUAUUGGGAAAGAUGUUUUGACGCCACACCUUUUACGGUGGACAGGGCUAUGCCAAGUCUUCAAGUCCCAAAUGGUGCCUCCGUGUUGUUGAGUGUAGUAGCACUGGCACAGAGGGUUUUACUACCCUAUUGUGCAAAUAACUCGCACGGCACAGAGAUGUUUGUUCCCAUUUUGUGUUUGCUACCAACCGAUGGCAACAGGCUUUGCAACGACGCAGCUGUCAAGAAAGCGAUGAACCGCGUAUGUACAAGAGCUGGCGACCGCUUUGUCCACAAGUAUACUACAAGAUACGCGUACAACCCGACAGAUUUCAUGCACGACCACUGA